GAUCAGCUGAUUGUUGGGUUUGACGUUAGGGGUUAGAAUAUUAGUUGUUUGUGAAUCUUUGGAAUUAAGCCUAUUUAUUUACUACUUAUAGUUUAAUAUAAAAUCUAAGAGUUCAAAUUCUUUUGUAAUGGGUUCCGUUUCUUAUCUAGUUUCAAGUGUUUUAAGAAACUCUAUGAAAAGAUAUUGUCUUUUUCAAAGACCUAACGUUAGACCUAUCAGUUUGAGUGAGGUAAACUAUUCAAAAAAAGAUUCUUCAGAUAUCCCUAAAAAUACACUAGAAGAACACAUCACUGCUCACAAGCAACCAACUUAUGGUUUGGUUUAUGACAAGAAGCCUUUCAAGGUCGCUCUGAAAGCAAACAAAUUGUACAGCUGGUGCUGUUGUGGCUGGAGCAAAAAUCAGCCAUUCUGCGAUGGGUCGCACAAGAACCCAUAUGUCCGGAUAGAACUGCGGCCGGUGAGGUUCAUGGUGGAGGAAGACAAGGAAUACUAUCUGUGUAACUGCAAACAGACGAAACACCGACCCUUCUGUGAUGGGACUCACAAACGAGAGGACAUCCAAGAGCAGGUCAGGUCCUAGUCCAGCUCCACAAGGUUCACUGCCAUAAGACUGUAGACUGACAUAUGGGCCUUAUACUACUUGGGAGGAAAAUCAUUCAUUAUCAAAGUCAGUGAAAAUGAGGAAGCCAUCAAUAACUCAAUAGGUUUCUAUUUACAGAAGUGUCUAGUCAUACUUAGUUAUACCUCUACACUGAUAUCUUGUCAUGUUAGAUAAGUUAUUAUUUGGAGCAUGUUUGAAUAAUGCAGAUUUACAGUUACAAUAGUUAUGAAGAGAAACUAAUAAAUAAUGUCUAGUUUAUAGACUAAUAGAAUAAGAACUACAAACUACAAUCUAACUGGCAAUCUUGUCUAACUGUCUUGUCUAUCUUGUCUGCAUAUGUUGAUGCAUUUAUUAUAUUGGAACUAAGUGAGUUGUUUGGAAAGUAAGUUGCCCUAACAAAUAAAAAAAGUACAUGUAACUUUUACAACUUUUUAAAAUAUACAUUUUAAGGAGAAACUAUUGAACUAUUUUUUACAUAUAUAACAUUUUACAUUUAAGCACUUUUCUUAUCUAGGUACAAGCUUUUUACUAACAGUUGCAUAAUACUCUGCCGCCUAUGCCUCCAGACACAAAACACAAUUCACAAAGAAUUUCCACUGGUUGCAUUUUGUGUACCAAAAGAAUUAACAGUUGGUGGGAGGUUUGACUGUGCCGGCCAAUUCGAACACCAGAUUAGAGCGCUUAGAAUGGCAUAGUGACAUUGCUAUAUGUGUGACAAACGCAGUGCCACUUAGAUCGCGUCGCUACUUCCACCAGUUCGGCAAUAAGAUGCCUUAGCAACUUACUUACUGCAAAACCCUCGUAUUUGAAGUACCAUUAAAUCUUCUUAUGAACAAAUUAAAUAAAAAAUAAAGUCCUUACCAGCUUAAGUAAAAAAAUUUCUGAUGUGUAAAAAACUUACAACAAAUAGUAUGUAAAUAUUUUAUUUUGGUUUAUAUACAGUAUGAUCAGUACAAAUUACAUUUAUAAAAAGUUAUUGGUGGUUGUUCUAUAAUAGUUACUGAUAAAACUAACCACGUUGUUUCUUGUUUAGUUUACAGUUAAACUGUUUUCUUGACUAGUAGAGUAAGGUCUAGUUUAGUUAAUGUUUGUUAAUGGUUAGUUAAUGCCAUUGUUCUCAGUUUACUUUACAAUUAAUUGUAUAUUACCAAGUGUGGAAUGUGAAUAAAUUUCUAAUUUUUAUUUAAUAUUA